UGAGGAGGGAGGUGUGUGCUGCACACGGCGGAUCUAUAGUACGGGCUGCAGUCACCUAUACGGGACCAUACACAAUGCUGAAGAGCUGCGGGAAGAAGUUCUUGCUGUCCCUGGUCGGGGCUACUGUCACCUGCCUGCUGGUGCUCAUGGUGGACCAGCAGACCAGGCAGGUGGUGGUGAUGGAGGUGCCAGCAGAAGUGGAGGAGGCUUCUCCGCAGAACCAUCUGGUGGUGGAAGCAGAACCUGCUCCUGCCAACGCUGUGGGGAGGCAAGAAGUCUCUGCAGCUUCUGCCAAGGGGGCACAGACCUUCUCGGCUUACAUCAACAAGCUGACCCGGGUGAGGAGAGACGUGGAGCAGGUGGCCACUCCAUCCACAGAAGGCACCGGCAAGCCCCCAGUGGAGGACAUCACCGCCAAUGAUGUGUUCAUAGCAGUGAAGACCACCAAGAAGUUCCACCGCCCCAGGAUGGACCUUCUCAUGGACACUUGGAUUUCCAGGAACAAGGAGCAGACUUACAUUUUCACGGACGGGGAAGACGAAGAGCUGCAGCGAAAGACAGGAAACGUCAUCAGCACAAACUGCUCGGCAGCUCACAGUCGUCAAGCCUUGUCCUGCAAGAUGGCCGUGGAGUAUGACAAGUUCAUAGAGUCCAACAAAAAGUGGUUCUGCCACGUGGACGAUGACAACUACGUUAAUGUGAAGACCCUGAUAAAAUUGCUGUCUCGCUACUCUCAUACCAAUGACAUCUAUAUUGGGAAGCCAAGUUUAGAUCGACCCAUCCAAGCAACUGAGAGAAUCAGUGAAAGCAAGAUGCGUCCAGUUAACUUCUGGUUUGCCACUGGUGGAGCUGGCUUUUGCAUCAGCCGUGGGCUGGCAUUGAAAAUGAGUCCUUGGGCAAGUGGUGGACACUUUAUGAACACAGCAGAGAAGAUCAGGCUUCCUGAUGACUGCACCAUUGGCUACAUCAUCGAGUCUGUGCUGGGGGUGAAAUUAAUUAGAAGCAACCUUUUUCAUUCUCAUUUGGAGAACCUGCACCAAGUUCCUCAAAGUGAAAUCCACAAUCAGGUGACAUUAAGUUAUGGAAUGUUUGAAAACAAGAGAAACGCUAUCCUGAUGAAGGGGGCUUUUUCGGUUGAGGAGGAUCCUUCAAGAUUCAGAUCCAUUCAUUGUCUGUUGUAUCCAGACACUCAUUGGUGCCCCAAGACUAUUGCCUAUUAGAAGACUACAAAUCUUCUUCAAACUCGUCCCAAGUUUCCCUGGUAUCCAAAGGGCUAUGUGGGACCUGUACGUGUUACCCUUGCUGUGAACGUCGCCGAUCUCCGGUGCUGUGCUUGGAACGCACAGUGUUUUGAUUUCAUAGGCUGCUGUGCGGCCGAUUACUGUCUCUGCUCGAGCAGCAAGAGACAGCUUAUCUCCACAGCGCACCUCCUCGUGUGGCUGAGGUGUGCGGACUUCUGGAACAGAGCCUGAAGGCUGACAUACUUGGUGCUUGUAUGUCGUGUGGCUUGGUCAAAGCCUGUAGACUUUUAUAAAAUUGCUUUGCAGUGUCUGCUAUUCUUAUAGAAUGUAUGCUGAAGACCUGCCUGCUAAACAUUUGCUUCCUGUAAGCUACCUAUAGUUUAUAUUUUCUUUAAAUGGCUUUCCCUAUAGUGGACCAAAUCUUAAAGCACCAAUGUCCUUAACGUUCCCUAGUGACUGAAAUAUGUUAACUUUUUGGUACUUUUUAUACCAGCUUGUUAUAAUUCCAGGAGGGCCUUCUUGGUGUUAGUCAUAUUUUUGACUUCUCGUAGGUCUUGCUUGCAGUUUUGGGGAAGUUUGAAGUUCCUCAAGAGAAUGUUUCCACUUAUUUUUUUAGGCUCCGGAUUUAUGCCCAAAUGAAGAACCUGUUCUCUUGUAUAUCUUUUGGACAAAGGAAGUGAUAUUUUAAUUUCAUUGUACUUGGGCUCUGGUCUUAACAAGUUGGGGAUGUUCCUUAGUGUGUGUGCCUGAGAUGAUCACCACUGGGAACAUGACCUUCAUUAGGACUAAAGCUUUUACCAGGUUCCUGCCGGUGUUCUGUAUCGUAUUUGCAGCAGCUGUGGCAGUGAAUCGGGUAUUUACUUUUUGUUUAAGGCACUUUGAUCUAUUGUGUAUAGGUAUUGGAGCUGGACUCUUGAAGCACCUUAAGCUGCUGCAUUGAAAUGGUCUCUCACACUGACGAAGGUGAGAGCUGCCAGUCUGCUCCCAUCCCCUUUUUUUUUUUUUCUAGACCAUUCAUGAUGGUCAGGGGAAGCACAUGGGCCUGUAGUAUAUUUCGGUGCUAAAACUCUGCCAGUAAAGAACCAGACUACAAGGUAAACCUGGAAUUGUUUGACAUUUCAAAUGGGCUCCUUUUACUCCAUGAUCCAAAGGUGAAUUAUAGAAAAAUGAUUUCUAAAAAUUCCACCUUAAAAUUACCCAUAGACUUGGGUUUGAUCCAGGAGGCCUCAGCCCACUUUUUUUGGCACGAUAGGACUCCAUCCUAUAGGAGGUAGAACGUCUCCCCUUUUUGCCUUGUUAACCCUUCUCCACCCAACAUGCCCAUUAGAACCCUAUGCAAAACAUGUUAUCUGGAAAUUCACUUUCAGCAUUUCAUAGAGCACACGGAU